AUGACAUCCCUCAAACCUCGCACCAUAAUAAUCAUUGGCGCCGGCCCCCUCAUGUCCCGCAGUCUCUCCCUCUACCUCGCUUCUCACAACUGGCAAAUAAUUCUCAUCUCUCGCAAUCACUCCUCUCUUCUUUCUCUCGCCUCGGAAAUCAAUGAUCUCAACCCCAAAGCACCUAAAGUCCUCGUCCACCCAGGCGACGCCAGUAUCCCCUCUUCUCUCCACAAAGCUCUAGAUUGGGCUGCCGAACAAGUAGGUGGAAAAGUGGAUGUCCUUUGCUAUAAUGCCGCACACGUGGCUCCGAGUCCUAUCCUGGAGUUGAAACCGGAGGCUUUGACGCAGGAUUUUAAUAUUACGGCGAUGGGGACUUUAGUUGCUGGACAAUGGUACAUGAACCACGCCAACACCUCCCAUAUUCCCCAAGGCGAACACCCUCUUUUCCUCGUUCCCGGCGGCCUGCUUGAUAAAUACCCAGAUCCCAACAUCUCCGCUCUCUGCGCCACCAAAAGCGCAAGCCAAUGUCUUGUUAAAAUGUUUCAACAAGUUAUGGUGCCAGAGGGAAUCCUAGUCGGCGCACCAAUUGUAGGAGGAGAAGUAGUACAAGAGGGGAAAAUGUCUCCAGAUCGUAUUGUUGAUGGGGUUUUUAGACCAUUUUUUGAGGAGAGAGAAAGAUAUAAAGGCAAUGAGGGAAAGUGGGUGUUGGAAAGAAUCUGGUUACCGGAGGGAGGAUAUGGAAAUGCAAGAACAGAUGUUUGA